AUGGACAUUUCACAUUCUUCUUCUUCUUCUUCUUCUUCUUCUUCUUCUUCUUCUUCUUCUUCUUCUUCUUCUUCUUCUUCGUCCACCUUUUCCACCUUCGCCCUCCUCCACCUCUUCUUCUUCCUCCCUCUUCACUUCCUCCUACUGCUUUUAUUUUUUCUUCCUUUUUUCCCUUCUUUUUUUCUUUUUCUUUUUUGUUUUUACUUUGCCACGGCAUCACAUUCUGUAGAUCGGAGCCUUUUCCUUGGACAAUAUUGCUCAUCAGCUGCCGAGAAAUGCAAGAGUUCUGAGCUUGAGGCUGUUUUCUCUCUUCGGUAUCAAAAAGAACCUGUCAUACAUACGCCUCUUUCCUCUAUCCUUCUUUUCAGUCUGACGGAUCCGACGUUGUGUCGUUCUAUACACAACCCUAUCCCCACCGUCACAUCCACGCCAUACCACACCAUAACCUACGUCUUUCCUCACACUACAAUCCCCACUGCCGACACCUCCACUCUGUCUCUUGUACGUAUGUCUGCUGCCUGUCCAGUCACUUUUCGUUCAUGUAUAUUUUCUUGUUUACGAGUGUUUGCGUGUUUUCCACGCAUUACUGUGACUGUCUUUUGUAGUGUGUAG